AAUGAUGUGCCCUACCACAACGUCCUAAUGCCCAGCAUUUUCGGUGUCAUCUGCUUCUUUGGGAUUAUUGGCAACUGCAUUGUCAUCUACACCAUUGUGAAGAAGACCAAGUUCCGAGCGCAGCAGACAGUGCCGGACAUCUUCAUCUUCAGCUUGUCUUUAGUGGACCUCCUCUUCCUCCUGGGCAUGCCCUUCCUCAUCCACCAGCUCAUGGGCAACGGUUCCUGGUGCUUUGGUGACAUCAUGUGCACGGUCAUAACCGCCCUGGACUCCAACAGCCAGAUAGUGAGCACCUACAUCCUCACCGUCAUGACUCUGGACCGCUACCUGGCCACGGUCCAUCCCAUCCGCUUCAACCAUGUGCGCACACCCUGUGUGGCGGGGGCUGCGGUGGGGCUGGUGUGGGUGCUCUCCCUGGUCUCCAUCACUCCCGUGUGGAUGUAUGCUGGCCUUAUGCCCCGAGGUGACGGCUCAGUGGGCUGUGCCCUCCUGCUGCCAAAUCCAGCCACUGACACCUACUGGUUUACCCUCUACCAGUUUGUGCUGGCCUUCGCCCUACCUCUGGUCAUCAUCUGCGUGGUGUUCUUCAAGAUCCUCCAGAACAUGUCUGCCACGGUGGCCCCCCUGCCCCAGAGCAGCUUGAGAGUACGUACACGUAAGGUGACCUGUAUGGCUGUGGCUAUAUGCCUGGCCUUCUUCAUCUGCUGGGCUCCGUACUACAUCCUGCAGCUGGCCCACCUGUGGAUCCAGAGACCCAGCUUUGCCUUCCUAUAUGUCUACAACAUUGCCAUCAGCAUGGGUUACGCUAACAGCUGCAUCAACCCAUACCUCUACAUCGUGCUGAGUGAGACCUUUAAGAGGCAGUUCAUUGUGGCCAUCCGGCCAAACAAUCGGGUCUUCAGGUUGAACUCUGGCAUGGCUGACGGCAGUGUGAGUCUGAGACUGCCCCCAGAGGGUAAUCAUCAGUCUCAGUCCUCCAGAGACCUACUAGUACACAACAUGCUGCCUGUCACUGUGGCUGUAAACUGAGUCAGGAGCCCUAGCCCAGCCCCAUCCCUCAGCCCUAUUUCCAUGAAUCUGGGCUCUCACUCAGCUCAGCGGGAAGUGGUGCCCCCAUCAGCCAGUCAUGCUCCCAAUGUGUAUGACAGGGUUAAUGUGCAAUGUAUGUAGUAUGUUGAGUAUGUACAGUAUCUAUUUUGUACACAGCAGUACUGUGUUUAAAAGACACUUUUCCCGACAGGGACAUUCAACUUCAUCCUAUUAAUCCUAUCCUAUCAUGCUCCCAUGAAGGAACUGUGAAUACAGGGACUUUGUACUAGUAUUCAGUUGGCAAUUGAACUGUAGGCUAUUAGUAACAAUGUGAACUUUUAUAAAAUAAUGUCAGCCCACAGUUAUCAAUAACACUAUUUUGCAGUUCUGUUUCAAGUGGUAACAAUUUGUAUUUCGUUUUCUUUGAUGAUAAUCACAUUUGACAGAUUUCCACUGCAGUUCAAUGUGUUAAAACAGGUUUCUGUGUAGAUAUGUGAUGUCCUGUGAUUCUGCCAUCGGUCCGUCCAGUCAGUGAUCUGAGAUGCAGGGAAACCACACCUUGUCGUAAUGUAAUCUAUGUCUAUACUGGAACCUGUGUGAUGACUGUGAUCAUUGAGAAAGUUGUGACAUAUUGAUGUAUUAUUGUGUGCUAUCUUUGAAUAGGAUUUUGACGUCAACUAAUAUGUUGUCCUUAAUCAUUUUGUAAUGUUGAAUAUGUGC